AUGCAUGGGCUAGGCACUAUGUUCAACGGGACCCGGUACUCUCCGGUGACCCUGAGUCAUGAGUGGCCAACCCUCAGCCGGCUUCUCUUUAUGGUGAUCUCUUCAUGCCUCGGCACCACUAUCAACGGAUUUUUCGUUGCCGCCUUCUUCGUUGAACAUACCCUGAACAAAAUUGGCAAUGUCUUCCUGGCAUGCAUCGGUAUGUCUGAUCUGAUUGUGACAACGGGCGUGAUGCCGGUUUCGGCUGUUGUCCUAUUAUCUGCCGGAGAAUGGGACACCAUACCUGUGUGUCACGUCUUACAGUUCCUCACGGAAGCUUCUACUUAUAGCUACAGUUUGUUCUUUACGCUCGUGGCUACAGAAUCUUACUACAGACUCUGUCGUACAACAGCCGAAUAUGAAAUGUUUAUAUCUAUACGUAUUGGCCUGGUAGCUAUUGUGGUCUUCACCAUCAGCUUCGUUACCGCCGGGAUCGGUGUCUACCUCGGCCUCGAUUAUGAUUACUGCCAACGCCGUCAUUAUGGGAACUUCUACUACAGAGUAACUACUACCGUGAUCUUCCAUGCUAUUCCAUGUUUGAUAACGAUGUUUGGUCUCAUCUCCUCCUGCGUACAAGUGCGCAAGCGCUCCCGCGAUCAGACCCACUACAAACGAUCUCAGCAAUACGAGAGGGACUUUUCGACCACCAAUCUGAAUGUUAGCGCCUACGUGCUCUAUGUAUUGUCAUGGACACCCUACCUGGUCAUUCUUCACGAAUACCCUGACACCAACGAUGACAAGUUCUAUCAUUGCGCAUGGAUUGCUGUUUGUCGUUCUGUCUUCUCGAGCUUCCUAUACAGCUCUAUGAAUAGGAGUUUUAGACGCGCAUUUGCUCAUCUCUUUUACUAUUGUUGCUGUAAGAGUACCCUGACAGGAUCGUUCAGUAACCGUCAUCGACGUGCCAUUGAAUACAAAUCAACGACUGGCGAUGUUAGGGUCCAUAUUAUGCAUCAGGCUGUUAACGCAAACAGCCCCCAGAGAGGUGCCUCUUCCUCACGCGAAACUCAAGAGUUAUGA